AUGGAGGAUUUUGUCUUCAAUUUAGCAAAAAAGGAAUCUAGAGGCAAUGAAGUGAAUGUUAAAAGGAUUAAGGAAUACAGACAGAAGGUGGAAACAAAUCUUUCCAACAUCUGUGGUGAUAUCAUGACUGUGAUUGAUGAGCAUCUCAUUCCAUCUUCAUCUGCUAGAGAAUCCACUAUUUUCUACUACAAAGUGGAAGAAAGGAGACUACUAUAG